GUCCGCUUCUGGCCGCCCGGUUGCCUGGAGACGGCGGGUGCCCUGGCUCCGCCCCGCUGGUCCUGACAGCCCCGGCCGCAUCGCGCGUGCGCAGUGCUCUCGUCCCCCGCAGUCUCGGUGCUUUUAAGCCGGAGACCGCGGCGGCCUCUGCUAGGACCCUCCGCCCCGGAGCCGCCGGCCGGAGCCGCAGCCUCUGCCGCAGCGCCCCCGCCUCCCAUCCCCUCCCCUGCCGUCUCAGCCGGAGCCGCCUCCCGCACUCUGGGGUAUGGCUGUCAAUGUGUACUCCACUUCUGUGACCAGUGAGAAUCUGAGUCGCCAUGAUAUGCUUGCGUGGGUCAAUGACUCUCUGCACCUCAAUUAUACCAAGAUUGAACAGCUCUGUUCAGGGGCAGCCUACUGCCAGUUCAUGGACAUGCUCUUCCCUGGCUGCGUUCACUUGAGGAAGGUCAAGUUCCAGGCCAAACUAGAACACGAAUAUAUCCACAACUUCAAGGUGCUGCAAGCAGCUUUCAAGAAGAUGGGUGUUGACAAAAUCAUUCCUGUAGAGAAGUUAGUGAAAGGAAAAUUCCAAGAUAAUUUUGAGUUUAUACAGUGGUUUAAGAAAUUCUUUGACGCAAACUAUGAUGGAAAGGAUUACAACCCUCUGCUGGCGCGGCAGGGCCAGGACGUAGCACCACCUCCUAACCCAGGUGAUCAGAUCUUCAACAAAUCCAAGAAACUCAUUGGCACAGCAGUUCCGCAGAGGACGUCCCCCACAGGCCCCAAGAACAUGCAGACCUCUGGACGACUCAGCAACGUGGCUCCGCCCUGCAUCCUCCGGAAGAAUCCGCCCUCAGCCCGAAAUGGGGGCCAUGAGGCUGAUGCCCAGAUCCUUGAGCUUAACCAGCAGCUGCUGGACUUGAAGCUGACCGUAGACGGGCUUGAGAAAGAACGAGAUUUCUAUUUCAGCAAAUUGCGAGACAUCGAGCUGAUCUGCCAGGAACAUGAAAGCGAGAACAGCCCCGUCAUCUCGGGCAUCAUUGGCAUUCUCUAUGCCACGGAGGAGGGAUUUGCACCCCCUGAGGAUGAUGAGAUUGAAGAACACCAACAGGAAGACCAGGACGAGUACUGAGGGAGGCGCCAGCCCUGGCUGACUGCAGCUUCCCUGCCCACCUCCACUCUGCCCACCCCCACUCUGCCCACCCCACAUUAUAGUCCUUUCCUUUCAGCCAGUCAGCCAGCUGGGUGCUUUGUGUCAGUGCCACAGCAUUAGGGAGCCGGACGAGUGGGGUUCGGGGGGUGGGGUGGAGGAGGCUUGGGCAGGUGAGAGGACGAGGCCCUGUCUGGGUCUCCCGAGUGGCACUGGCCCAGGGGACGUCCAGGACCCCUGUCCACUCCCCACUCCUAUUUAUUUCCGUUGUCUCUAUGCUGUGUUGGCCAACACUUUCCAGGGUGCCGCUGUACCCCACAAGCCAGCCACCUGCUCCCUGGCAGCCAGCAGCUGUAUAUUUGACAAAGUCAUUGGUAUAUUUUUACUUACUGGAUUGCCCUUGCACUUUACCUGUUCUUUUCCAGGGCUGACAGCAGGGCUUGGGGUAGUCUUUCUGGCUUGGCUCCCCUUCCCUAGAGCCAAGACUGGGACAGGACUCACCCAUUCUUAUUUAUUUUGUCUUUGGAAAGGCUGAUAUGAGGAAAGGGAAGGGAAGCUGAGGAGGCAGUGCUGUGGGUCCAGGGAGCAUGCGAGAGUAGACAUGACCUCCAGGCACUGGGCUCCCCCACCAAGGCCCCUGCCUCAGCACCAACGCCUAGCACUGCCCCAGGCUUCCUAGCCAUUCCCUCCUGCAGCCUAGUUAGACCACACAGAUUCUGCCUGGCCCCCACUGUCUGUCUGUCCCCAUUCUCCCACCCACCCCCACCUUUGCCCCUUGGGCACCAGCCUGCAUAUCUGUUCAGUUUUAUUUAAAUAAAUUUGUGUGGCAAGCCAUGUUUUCCUCGACUGACCCACAGCAAGGGAUCACAA